GACAUAGUCUACGAUCGCAAAAUGACGGGGCUUCCACACCUGGUUCUCUUUACUUUUUUUUAUGCCGCAGUAUUGUCAGAGUCUGUGAAUAGUCUCGAAGAUGCCAAGGAUGAGCUCGCCGCUUAUAUCGAAAAUAAAAAACUGGAAAUAAACUCGAGGUACCGGCUCCUGUACCACGUGAUGCCUCCGGUGGGUUGGAUGAAUGAUCCUAACGGGUUUUCGUAUUACAAAGGCAAGUUCCAUCUGUUCUAUCAAUACUAUCCCUAUGACAGCGUGUGGGGACCGAUGCACUGGGGGCACUCGGCGAGCCCAGACUUGGUGCACUGGAUGGAUCUGCCCACGGCCCUUAUCCCGGAAGAGGAGCAGUGCUUCUCUGGCAGCGCAGUCGCCGAUGGGGAUGUAAUGACUUUAAUUUACACCGCACACAUGCCAACUUCUGCAGAUCCCUUCUACAAUGAGAGUCAAUAUCUGGCAUUUAGUGAUGAUGGAGUAGACUUUCACAAGUACGACGGCAAUCCAGUCCUUCCAGCGGCACCGAACGGUUCCCCCGAUUUCCGAGACCCAAAAGCAUGGAGGUAUGGAGACCAUUGGUAUGCAGUCGUUGGGAGCAAAACAUUGGACCAGAAGGGAAGAGUCCUUCUUUACAAAUCGAAAGACCUUCUAAGCUGGGAAUUGCUGUCUGUAUUGGGAGAAUCGAAGGGAGAUAUGGGUUAUAUGUGGGAAUGUCCAGAUUUUUUCGAAUUGGGAGGCAAGUUUGUGUUGCUGAUGUCUCCACAAGGAAUGGCACCAAAGGGUGAUCGAUACAAGAACACCUUCCAAACUGGCUACAUCAUUGGCAACUUCGACUAUACUACCAACGAAUUCACUCCAGAAACAGAAUUUCAAGAGAUGGAUUUUGGGCACGAUUUCUACGCAGCUCAGACGAUUGAACACAAUGGUAUCCGUUACGUGGUUGCUUGGUUCAGCAUGUGGGAGGUACCGCACGUGGAGGAUGCCGACGGCUGGUCGGGUGCCAUGACUAUUGUGAGAGAGCUGCACCUAGCGGACAAGCGAAUCCUCAUGAAACCGGUUGCGGAGAUGGAACGGCUGAGACAGCACGUCGUACUGAACGAGAAGCUAAGACGUAAGCAGGCGAGACUACUUCCAAAAGCUUCUGAACUUAUAAUUAACGGGAACCUUCUUCUGAAAUUUGAGAUGCUUUUGGAGGGCACAAACGGUGGAGGUAAGGUCUGGAUACGAUGGGAUCCCAGAACCCGUAAAAUAAGCGUGGACAGAGGAUCAGGCGAUGUCAGACAAGUAGAGUGGUCACCUAUUGGUGCUCGCACGUUGCGAUUAUUCCUGGACACAAGCAGCCUGGAGCUCUUCUGCGGCGAAGGCGAGGUCGUGUUCAGUAGCAGGGUAUAUCCACUAGGUGGAUGGAGGCUUACGAACCUGAGUUGGCAGUCGUUAAAUAUUAGGGCUUAUCAAUUGGCGAGAAGUGUUCCCAACUAGAUUUUUGAAUUUAUAUAGUCUUACCCAGUACCAGGGAAACCAAAUAUUCACGAAGCCACUUUACUAUACUUAUUACAUUAUUAGAUAAAACCAAACUGA